AUGGACACCUCACUAUUCUUCUCCUACUCUGUCCCCAUUUACAUUCUCAUAUAUGUCGAUGAUAUUCUGACGCUUGGACCUUCGACAUCUCAAAUUGAGAAUCUCAUCAAAUCUCUCAGUUCGUAUUUCUUACACAAAGAUCUGGGCACUGCUUCAUAGUUUUUGGAGAUUGAAUUCUAGCCACAUAAAGAUGACUACUUGCUUACUCAAGCAACCUACACGGUUUCUAUACUCAAAAAUAUGUGUAUGGAACUUAGAAAAUUACUACCUAUUCCAAGCCCUGUAGUCUGCUCUAUUUCAAAAGCCAAAACACUUGAGGAUCUAGCUGUCUAUCAGAGUGUUGUCGAUGCACUUCAGUACCUCAGCCUUACUCAGCCAAACAUUUCAUUUGGCAUCAACAAGGCCUGCCAUUCCAUACACUCGCCGAAAGAUGCUGAUUCGGUCCAUCUUAAACAUCUCUUACAGUAUCUUAAAGGGACCGUCACCCAUGGUCUAUACAUUACUGCCAGUUCCAAUCUCACUCUCACAGCUUACAGUGAUGCCGACUGGGCAGGCAAUGCCUCUGAUCGCUGAUCCAUAGGUGGAUUCUUGGUCUAUCUCAGCUAGAACUUAAUCUCUUGGUGCUCUAAGAAACAGCCAAUGGUUGUCUGAUCGAGCACCGAAGUAGAAUAUAAAGCUAUUGCCGACACCACAUUCGAAUUAAUUUGGACUAACUCUUUCCUUCAAGAAUUAUGCAUCACCACAUCACCUCCCACACUAUGGUGUGAUAACAUUGGUGCCACAUAUCUCUCUAUCAAUCCCAUGUUUCAUGCCCGUAUGAAACAUAUUGAAGUGGAUUUCCACUUCGUAUGA